CGGCUGAUGGCAUUGAAGAGAAUGGGAAUUGUCGAUAACUAUGAGAAAAUCCGGGAAUACACCGUUGCGGUUGUUGGAGUUGGUGGAGUAGGAAGUGUAACUGCAGAGAUGUUGACUAGGUGUGGUAUUGGAAAGUUGUUGCUGUUUGAUUAUGAUAAAGUGGAGCUGGCCAACAUGAACCGACUAUUUUACCAGCCACAUCAAUCUGGAAUGAGUAAAGUAGAGGCUGCUGAGAAGACACUCAAGGAGAUAAACCCUGAUGUUGAGUUUGAGGUGUACAAUUAUAACAUCACCACCAUGGAAAACUUUGACCACUUCAUGGACAGAAUCAAGAAUGGUGGCAUGAAGGAAAACACUCCUGUAGAACUUGUACUCAGCUGUGUGGAUAACUUUGAGGCCCGUAUGGCCAUCAAUACCGCUUGUAAUGAGAUAGGUCAGUCUUGGUUCGAGUCCGGGGUCAGUGAGAACGCUGUGUCAGGACACAUACAGUUCAUCAUACCGGGGGAAACAUCAUGCUUUGCUUGUGCCCCUCCCCUAGUGGUGGCCACUAAGACAGAUGAGAGAACGCUGAAGAGAGAAGGUGUGUGUGCGGCCAGUCUUCCCACAACAAUGGCUGUAGUGGCAGGCUUCCUAGUCCAAAACACGCUCAAAUAUUUAUUGAAAUUUGGUGAGGUGUCAUACUAUCUCGGAUACAAUGCCCUCCAGGAUUUCUUCCCAAAGUACGCCAUGAAACCUAACCCCCAGUGUGAAGACCGUUUCUGCUGCAAACAACAAAUCAGCUUCAAGGAAAGAGAGGCAUUGAAGCCAAAGGUUGAAGCUGUAGAAGAGAAGGAGGAAGAGGUCGUACACGAUGACAAUCCUUUUGAAAUUGAACUUGUAUCAGAAAUGACAGAGGAAGAAUCAAAGGCAGCAGAAGGCGAGACUCCCGAGCUCACGGAGGGUCUCCGACUAGCUUACACUACACCAAGUCAAAAUACACAGGAGGACGCAUCAGCUUCCAUAGAGAAUACAGAAAAGAGCAUAGAGGAACUAAUGAAAGAGAUGAAAGGGUUAUGAUACGGCUAAUAUGAUCUAGGACAAUAUUUAUAAUAAUCUGAUGAGGUCGGGGAGGAUAUGCCAGAACAGAUCUUAACAUGCGUCAAGGCCGACCAUGCUUGUGUUGUAAUAAAUUGCUGCCAUUUCCAAGCCACAGUUCAGUGUCCACAUGUUGGACAUUUUAAUUAUCACAGUACAUAUGUGAUGGAAUGGUUAGUGACUUUUCCAAGCCAGUUUUAUUUCCACAUUGUCGUCAUUUUAAUUUUGACAAACAGUACAAAAUGUAAUGAAAUAGUAAGUGCCAUUUUAGUUGAGCUGUCAUAUGGCUUACUAAGAUAGUAAAGUAACUGUAUUGAAGUUCUACUAAUUAAGGACGUAAAAAGCUAACCAAUAUUUUAAUUAAUAGUUAAAACAAUUAUUAAUAAGAAUAGUUAUAUCUUGUGUUGUUGCCAUGAAUCACUAAUUAAUUCUUUAAAUAUUCCUGCAACGUAUGUUGCGUAAAUAUUCCACCUAUUUUUAAUAUGAAUCUGUAAUUAUUGGGGAACAAUGACUCCUGUUCUAACAAAACAAUGUUUUUAAAUGCCAUUCUCUAAGCUGUUUCAGUAUGUUAAAAAUUGAGAGAUUUAAUAGGAAAAAAAUAAAGAAAAUCUGAUGAUUACAAACGUUGAUGAAAAAAAUGUUGGUGGUCCUCUAAAAGGAAGAGACAUAGCAAGUGUACCAGUGAGCCGCUUAAUUAUAAAGUACAACUUUUGCUAUUGUCAUCUCCCUGUCUAGUGUAAUCUAGUCUUUCUAGUCAUAUUACAUAUUGCUGCACUUCUUUCUCAUGUAUCUUUGAUAAGUGUGUAAGCCUGUAUCCCUGUAUUGUUUUCAACAAAUGGUGCAUUUUGGGGGAAAAUGAGAGAAAAUUGCAAUAGAUCUGAGAUUAAGAUCUGUGUACUUGUCUGAUGACUCGUUGCCAUUCUUCUUUAAUCAGUAAAAUGUCUAUCUAUCUCUGCUGGAACAACAGCAAGAUUUAAUGCUGGCCCCCUCCUUAUUUUUCUGCUUUUCUUCAUUGUGUAACAUCACAUCAGCUGUUCUGGUUAGCCCUCCUCUACUGGGUCGCAGGUUCAAGGCCUGCAUGGGACAUUCGCCAGGUGCUGGCCGCAGGUCGGUGUUUUUCCCCCAGGUUACUCCUGUUGUCCUCUAUCACAAAUACCUGGCUGAUCCUUAACUGAUCACAGCUGUUAAUAGGACAUAAAGCAUGAAAGAAAAUCAAACCAAACCAGCUGCUCUGUGUCGACGUUGUUGCAUACAUUUCAUUGUUUCUCUGCUCUGUGAGAUUGACAACUGGAUCUUAGAGAGUGUGUGAGGAAGUGUAAAUAGUAGGGGUUUUGUAUGAGUGAGAUUUCUCACUAUCACUCAAACCAACUGCCCAUAUUUGUCUAUAUUCAUCUAUUGACAAUUUAUUUGUGUCUGUGGUGGGUUAAUAUAAGGGCAUUCAUAUUUUAGUUCCCUAACGGUACUAUCACAGAGAACUAAAAGGUUUACGCAGGUCCGUCAAUCCAUACUAUUGAUCAGUCGGUUUGGGUCGUAUUUCAUAUACUCUGUCAUUUACGAUUGCCAAAGUUUGCAUGCAAGUAUUUCUUCAGAUAAAUUACUAAAUUGUGUAUGUAUGUACAUGUACAUCUUAGGAUAGUAAAGUGUAGCACACCGGAAUAAUUCCCCUUGUUACACUCUAUAACACUAGACAGCUUAAUAGCCCACUGAACAUAUGUGAUAUCAAAGUUUGUAGGGAGGUGGGGAAUGAUGUAUUUGCUCUCAAUACUUAGUUCAAGAUUGUUUUGCUGAUGAGAGAAGUGUUCUUCCUUUGCUCAGAAUGUAGAUUACUUUUUUUUAAAAACUCAGUUGGUGAUAUAAAUACUUUCCAAAAGAAAUAACGAGAUUGAUCAUUAUAGACACUUACCGAAAUGUUAAAUGCAUUGUAUUAUAUUUUUUUAUCACCGGGAAAGCCCCUUUAACCUGUCAUUUAAGAGGGGUGACGGCUCUAAAAGUACCCAAACAGGCCGACAUAUAAACUCAAAAAAGCAUGAAAAGUAACGUGUUCCUGUAACGAAAUCUCGCCGAAUCGACACCAUGUAGCGCCAUGUUUAUUCUAUAAUACAAGAUGUAUACUUUGCGUAUCAUGUAUAUUUAACAUGUGGAACGAAAGUUUCUGAUAUGGUUAUCAGCGUCAAAUCCACCAUUAUAUUUAAUUUCAGUAACAUUAGUCAAUUGUAACUAGGGAAAAAAAUAGAAACAUAUUUUUGUAUUUAAUAUUUUGCCUUAUUUUAAUAACGAAGAUCUUUUCGAUAUAUGUUUUUUAUUUAAUGUAUUCUGUUACUUCAUUUGAAAGCAAACAAGGUUAUUCUUAAUUAAUCUUAUAUUUUAGGUACAUAAAAAAGUUAGCAAUAAUGCUUUACUAUUGUUAGGAAAGACAACUCUUGUAACCUUCGAUUUGUGCCAUUCAUAACAAUAUAAAGUUCUUCAAUUAUGUGUCGUUAGCCAUAAAUACAAUUAAUUUGAAGUAAUGAUUUUACACAUUCUUUUCGUUUUUGAAGUAAAAACUGUUUUUGUCUGUUCUAGUAUUUCUGAGAAUAAUUUAUGAAGUUUGAUCGAUUGGUGAUUGUGGUGAAUGUAUGUUGAUGAUAGGGCGACAGUUAACGUUGUUAAAAAUAAAUUAAAAAAAUGUCAUUGCAUAGAA